CAGAUCUGCUUCAGGGGUCUGCCUCAGGAUUGGGUGGCUGUUGUGAGAAGCCCAGACAGUCUGUGACUUCCCCGGCCUGCUGUAGCACAUCACUGGUGUGGGAUUGGCACCUGGGCUUUUCCUGAGCGGCGUUCGUCACAACAGGACGGGUAACAACCAGCAGAGAGACGAUUUCUUGAGAAAGGGGCCCCACGCAGCUGAUUGCUACAGUAGGUGGUUGCCGGGGGGACCCAAAUCAGCGUCGCACAAUGCUCGGCAGCCCGCUGCUAUUAACUGUGCUCCACACCAGGGCCGGCCUUUUAGAAAACUUUCUACCAGGAUUUACUUAUGUCAGUAGCCUCUGUGAGCAAACCUAAGUAAAUCGCACAAAAAAAUAGCACUCUUGCAAUAUCCUGAGUUAUAACAGUCUUGUAGCUGCCGGUCAGUGAUUUGUGGCAUCAGGAUGAUCGGAUUACUAAAUACUGAAAAUAAAACAAAUGGGCUGCUGUUCAGUAAUUGAUCAUUACUUUCAGCCUUUCAGCCAGAAGACUGUCUUACAGAGAACACAGACACCCACUCCAAACACAAACAAUGAGGUGACCCAGACCCAGCACAAACACCUGGCCUCUUGGAAUUCCAGCACAACCCAGGCCGAAAACCGGACAGUAACAGAGAAGGUCACAACGACGGGAACAGACACUGUCUCUGCUCUCAUCUUCCACCACGAGGGCUUCUUCUGGCGCUGCUGGUUCAGAGAGGACAGCUCCUGGCACACCUUCUGGGCCUUCCUCUUCACUAAUCAGCCUCCACACAAGUUCUGCGUUCAUGGGUACCUCUUUCCUCUGCCCAUUGCGAUCGGGCCAGUUCCACACCCCUCCUACGAUGCCACAGCAGUGUUCCGGGGCUUCUGGACCGUGUUCAUCGUCCUGGCGGUGGUCUGCUGCCUGGCAGGGGGGUUCCUCCUGGUGUGCGCCGUGCCCUUCGUGAGCGCCAAGCUCUACAGGCUGGGGGGGGGCUUCCUGAUCACAGCCGGUAGCCUGUUCCUGGUGCUGCUCUCUCUCUUCGCCCUGUGGAAGGAGCUGGUGGCGGACGUGCCACGCUACAUCCUGCUGGAGCGCAGCGAGGGCUGCCCCGCCGCCAGGGUCAUCGCCCACUACGGCUGGUCCUUCCUGUUUGCUGCCGCAGGGAUCCCAUUGGUCCUCCUCGCUGGGCUGCUCUUCUUUUUCAUUGGACGGCAUAUCCAGAGGAACCAAUGAUUAACCAAUCAGGGAACAGGGGACAGGGCGAAACCGCCCAUCUACUUCCUCUUGUUUGACUUGUUUACUUACUUUAAGAUGUGGGUGUUGCUUUCCAAAUAGUUGUUUAUUUUAUUUUCUUCAACACGCUGGAUUUAGACAGUGACAUUUACCAAGGAGAGGGUAAGUGAUAAAAAGGGCUUCCCAUGCAAAUGAUCCUUUGCUUUUAACUCCCUUUAAUCUGGUUAAUCAUGUGUCUUUAGCCUCGAUAGUUACGCAAAGAAUUUAUCCAUGGGACGGGGUACCCUUAAAAGUCUGCAAACAGUAGAACAGUCAAUUCCUUACAUUUCUAUGCGGCUGAUCAUCCCCCAGAAAUAGCCCAAAGCCCAGCAGACUGGGUGGACGAGUGAGAAAUGAUGUCACCACUUGAAAUAAGGUCAGGCAGGAUCAUGCAAGCACUGUGUGAAAUUUAGUCAAAACACUGGGAUUACACCCCCACUCUACACCCCGUGCCACAGGAUCUUCAAUGACCCAGUGGUCAGAAUCUCUGACCUUGAUGUCUCCUCUGAGAGUCCGCACCUCCUACAACAGUGUUGGCGGUCACCACAGUCAGGCAGUGGCUGACAAAUUCUAGCUCUGGAGGAAGAGCGCCACUUACUGGUCCAUCAACCGAACUUUAGGCAGCAAGCUGGUUUUCUUGGGGAUCUCUUACUCGUGCCAUCACCAGGACCAGUCUUGCUGAGCCACUAAGAUCUGAAAAGAUCAGGUUACAAGGUGGCAAUGCUACAGUCUCAAAGGUUACCCACCAUCUGCUAGCACAGUGCUUAUAUUCUAUGAUUAGAAAUAGUGUUUGGCAGUCGAAGGGCCGUAGAAGGAGAGACCACUUAAGAUUCCUGUUAUUAAUUGCAUCAAGAAACCUAAAAAACAGUGUAAAAUUACAUUUAUAUUGUCAUCUGCUUUUCACAUGUGGGCGACAGAAGAACUGACUGCCAGACUGCUUUCAGAUGAUGAAAAAUGUUAAUUUAACUGUUAAUAUACAGGUUUUUUGUAUAUAAAAUUCCAUUUUAUUUAUCAUAUGGGAAAGUCACUGAAAUGUACUUUAAUAAUAUUAAUACCAAAUAUAAAAUGUACUACGCAGGUAACAUAGAUUGUUAAUAUUAAUCAGUGGAACAGUUAUAAAGGUUGUUUUUUUUUCCGAAGCUGUACUGUAUAAAUCCUAUUAAACUGUAACUGUAUGA